CGUCCGCGCGCCAGCAAAGGGGUGUACAGGCCCGGAGGGGGGCAGUUUGCCUGCGUGUGGAAGCGAGUGUCAGACGGCGGGUAUAGUCAGCAGGGAGAGGCUGGGAUUGGGGCAGCCUGUCGGCCGAAAGCCACCUUUUAACCACGAAAAACGGGCGCGUUUCAGCGUGAUGAGGACAUUUUAUUCCGCUCUGCAUCGUGUGGUCGCAGCGCUGAGGAAAUAAUUUGCAGUUUUCGGAGUGAAAUCGGGCGACGGUGCGGAAAAGCGUAGAGAGCCUGCUUUCGGCGAGGGGACGGCGGUCCAGACUCGGUUCCGUUUCGAGAUCCGCUGUAAAGCUGCCUGCUUUGGAUGUUCAGGGCUUCCUGACCUCACUCUCUUCUCCCCAUCCCGAAUCGGGCCACCCCACACCGAAGGAUGCCGGACCAGAUCUCGGUGUCCGAGUUUCUCUCGGAGACCACGGAGGAUUAUAACUCCCCCACCACGUCGAGCUUCACCACCCGGCUGCAGAGCUGCCGUAACACCGUCAGCGUCCUGGAGGAGGCUUUGGACCAGGAUAGAACAGCGCUGCAGAAGGUCAAAAAGUCCGUCAAAGCCAUAUACAGCUCAGGCCAAGAUCACGUCCAGAAUGAGGAAAACUAUGCUCAGGCCCUGGACAAAUUCGGCAGCAACUUCAUCAGCCGGGACAACCCUGACCUGGGCACGGCUUUCGUGAAGUUCUCCACGCUCACCAAGGAACUGUCAGCGCUUCUCAAGAACCUACUCCAGAGUCUCAGCCACAAUGUCAUCUUCACCCUGGACUCUCUGCUCAAGGGAGACCUUAAGGGGGUCAAAGGGGAUUUAAAAAAACCCUUCGACAAGGCAUGGAAAGAUUACGAGGCCAAGUUCACCAAGAUCGAGAAGGAGAAGCGGGAACAUGCCAAACAGCACGGCAUGAUCCGCACGGAGAUCACCGGGGCCGAGAUUGCGGAGGAGAUGGAGAAGGAGCGCCGGCUUUUCCAACUGCAGAUGUGUGAGUACCUCAUCAAAGUGAAUGAGAUCAAGACCAAGAAGGGGGUGGACCUUCUGCAGAACCUGAUCAAGUAUUACCACGCUCAGUGCAACUUCUUUCAGGAUGGCCUGAAAACAGCAGACAAGCUAAAGCAGUACAUCGAGAAGCUCGCCGCAGACCUUUAUAAUAUAAAGCAGACACAGGAUGAGGAGAAGAAGCAGCUCACCGCCCUGCGGGACCUCAUCAAGUCCUCCUUGCAGCUGGACCAAAAGGAGGAUUCGCAGAGCAAGCAGGCUGGCUACAGUAUGCACCAGCUGCAGGGCAACAAGGAGUUCGGCAGCGAGAAGAAGGGCUUCCUGCUGAAGAAGAGUGACGGGUUACGGAAGGUCUGGCAGAGGCGGAAAUGCUCAGUGAAAGGGGGAAUCCUCACUAUCUCUCACGCCACGUCCAAUCGACAGCCAGUUAGACUCAACUUGCUCACCUGCCAGGUCAAGCCAAGCGGCGAAGACAAAAAGUGCUUUGAUCUGAUUUCCCAUAACCGAACAUACCACUUUCAGGCAGAGGAUGAGCAGGAGUUCCUCAUCUGGAUAUCUGUGCUGACCAACAGCAAGGAGGAGGCCCUGAACACGGCCUUCAGGGGGGACCAGAGCGCCGGGGAGGAUAGCCUGGACGACCUGGCCAAGGCCAUCAUCGACGAUGUGCUGCGCAUGCCCGGCAACGAGGUCUGCUGCGACUGCGGGGCCCCAGACCCCAAAUGGCUCUCCACCAACCUGGGCAUCCUGACCUGCAUCGAGUGCUCGGGGAUCCACAGAGAGAUGGGUGUCCACAUCUCUCGCAUCCAGUCCCUGGAGCUGGACAAGCUGGGCACCUCUGAACUGCUGGUGGCCAAGAAUGUAGGAAAUAGCAGUUUUAACGAGAUGCUGGAGGGGAACCUACCUUAUCCCUCCCCAAAGCCCACUCCGUCGAGUGACAUGACGGUACGCAAGGAAUUCAUCACCGCCAAGUAUGUGGACCACAAGUUUGCACGCAAAACCUGCACCUCGGCGGCUGACAAAAUGAGCGAUUUGUAUGAGGCCAUCAGGUCCCGGGACCUGCUGGCCCUGAUCCAGGUGUAUGCUGAGGGGGUGGAGCUAAUGGAGCCCCUCCCAGAAGCGGGUCAGGAGCCUGGAGAAACUGCAUUGCACUUCUCGGUGCGGAUCGCGGACCAGACUUCUUUGCACCUAGUCGACUUCCUCGUGCAGAACAGCGGCAACCUAGAUAAGCAGACGGACAGCGGCAACACCGCCCUGCAUUACUGUUGCCUGUACGACAAGUAUGAGUGUGUGAAGCUGCUGUUGCGGGGCAAGCCGGCGAUAGACAUUGUCAAUCAGAAUGGGGAGACAGCCCUGGACAUGGCCAGGAGGCUGAGGAAUUCGCAGUGUGAGGAGCCGCUGGUACAGGCCGGCGCUGGGAAGUUCAACCCCCACGUCCACGUGGAGUAUGAAUGGAACCUGCGGAUGGAGGAGAUUGACGAGAGCGAUGACGACCUCGACGACAAGCCCAGCCCCAUUAAGAAGGAGCGAUCCCCUCGCCCUCAAAGCUUCUGCCACUCAUCCAGCCUGUCCCCCCAGGAUAAGCUGUCCCUGUCCGCCUUCUCUGGCCCACGGGAUAAGCAACGGCUGUCCUACGGCGCCUUCGCCAACCAGGUGUACAGUGUCUCCACCGACUCUCCCACCUCGCCUAUCAUCGACGCCCCACCGCUGCCCCCUAGGAAUGCUGGGAAAGUCCCAGUUCUGCCUUUUUCUGGAUCGCCGACGUCGCACUACGCCACUCUGGCCGCCAUGCGCCCCUACAUCAGCAGAAAUGACUCUACUCCCAUCCCUGCCAGCAGAGUGCCACCUACUUGCAAAUUUGAGGGUAUUCCCCAGCAGCAAAGCACCAGUACCAGUAACACCAAAUCCACCCUCGGGCCCAGAGUUCUACCCAAGCUACCUCAGAAAGUGGCUCUACGGAAAAUCGACACCAUCCACCAUCCCUCCGUGGACAAGCCCAGCCAGCCCCCAGAAGGGCUCCAGAAGCUGCCACAGGCCGCUGAGACCCCACAGAAAGCCCCUCCACCUGAAAAACCCCAGCUCUUCGACUUGCCCCCAAAACCCCAGCUCUCUGAUUUGCCCCCGAAACCCCAGCUCUCUGAUUUGCCCCCGAAGCCCCAGCUCUCUGAUUUGCCCCCGAAGCCCCUGCUGGCGGACCUGCCCCCAAAACCCCAGAUCAAAGACCUCCCACCCAAGCCUCACCUGGUGGAUACACCCCCUAAGGCUGAUCCUCCGAGGCCUCAGCCAGCAGAUCCUGUCCCGAAACUGCAACCCCCCGAUUGGGCAGCUUCCAGCCAGCAGGGGGAGGCGGCAUCCAGACAACCCAGCGAGGACACCAACGGAACCCCAGCUGGUACCAUGGAGAUGCCAGUACCGCUGCCCCGGAAGAUCAACGCGGGGAAGCACAAGACAAGGCGGGUGAAGACCAUCUACGACUGCCAGGCGGACAAUGACGACGAGCUGACCUUCACUGAGGGCGAGGUCAUCAUCGUGACGGGAGAGGAGGACCAGGAGUGGUGGAUUGGGCACAUCGAGGGGCACCCGGAGAGAAAGGGGGUGUUUCCAAUGUCCUUUGUGCACAUUCUCUCUGACUGACAGCGGUGACUGCUUGCCCCGCCCCCAAGCACAAGCUCCGCCCACAACAAGACUGACAUUGCCACUCCUGUAAAUAGCUACUGUUAUGAGAGCGAUAAGAUGAAGGGGCGCUCCUUCGCAGAGGUGUGCUGCCCACGUGCUGUAAAUUACCUGCCUUCCCUGCUUUUACUGUCGCCUUGGCCUGACACUUAUAUCGUGUGUCUGUGCCCACAUGUAUGUAUCUAUGUAUGUACUGUAACAUAGGUACACAGCCAUACACGCGUUCAGACAUACCUACAAAAACAUGGAUGUACAACUUCAUGUACAUACAUAUAUAUGGGUGCGCGUGUACAUUUAUGCUGACUGCAGCCAGAACUUAGGCAGUUUUAGUUCCACUUCUCUCCAUAUGAACUGGAUUGUUUGAGUUUAUCAAUGAUGUCAUCUCAUCUUCUGCAAACAGUGAAGGAAACUGGAUGGCCUUUAACUGGAAAGAACAGAUGGGUCCUCUGUCCCAUUCUCGAGGGGCAGUUUGAGGAAGGGAAUUGAUGUGCUUUGUGAUGUUUUAGAGCUGAUGACAAAAUGAAAGAUUCCCAAAACGAAUAAGGAGUUACAGAAAGCCAUGUCUGGGCUUGAGGCUAAAGGAUGAAAUAGAUAUUCAUUAAGGCGUGAUUCGCCUCUCGCCGGGUCACAUCCCCGUCACCCUCGCCUCCCACCGGGUCUCGUUCCAUCACCCUCGCCUCCCGCCGGGUCGCAUCCCCGCCACCCUCGCCUCCCGCAGGGUCGCAUCCCCGUCACCCUCACCUCCCGCCGGGUCGCAUCCCCGUCACCCUCGCCUCCCGCCGGGUCGCAUCCCCCUCACCCUCGCCUCCCGCCGAGUCGCAUUCCGUCACCCUCACCUAAUGCUGGGUCCCAUCCCAUUUCCUCUUGCCACUUGCCUGGUUGCGGCUUAUCCCUCUCGCCUCCGCCUAGGUCACAUCCCAUUCCCCCUUGCCCUUUGCCUCCCACCGGGUCGCAUCCCUGUCACCCUCGCCUCCCGUCGGGUCGCAUCCCUGUCACCCUCGCCUCCCGUCGGGUCGCAUCCCUGUCACCCUCGCCUCCCGUCGAGUCGCAUCCCGUAACCCUUACCUCCCAUCAGGUCGCAUCCCUGUCACCCUCGCCUCCCGCCGGGUCGCAUCCCUGUCACCCUCGCCUCCCGCCGGGUUGCAUCCCGUCACCCUCGCUUCCCGUCGGGUCGCAUCCCUGUCACCCUCGCCUCCCGUCGGGUCGCAUCCCUGUCACCCUCACCUCCCGUUGGGUUGCAUCCCGUUGCCCUCGCCUCCCACUGGGUCACAUCCCAUCCUCCCUUGCCUCUUGCCUGGUUGCGGCUUGUCCCUCUCGCCUUCUGCUAGGUCAAAUCCCAUUCCUCCUUGCCUUUUGCUCACUAUUGCCUCUUGUUGGGUCGCAUCCCGUCAUCCUCACCUCCCACCAGGUCAAAUCCCUUCCCCCCCUUGCUUGGUCACAGGCUGCUGCCCUUGCCUCCUGCCGGGUAACAUCCCCUUCACCCUCACCUCCCACCAGGUCUCAUCCCAUCACCCUCGCCUCCUCCAAGGUCGUAUCCGAUUCUUCCUAGCCCUUUGCCUCCCUCUGGGUCACAUCCUAUCACCCUCGCCUACCGCCAGGUCACUCCCUCUUGCUGCUUGUCCCCCUCACCUUCUGCUAGGUCACAUCCCAUCUCCCUUUCCCUUUGCCUCCCUCUGGGUCACAUCCUAUCACCUUUGUCUCCCACUGGGUCAUAUCCCAUUGCCCCUUACCUGGUCACAGUCUGCCACCCUCACCUCCCACCGGGUUGCACCCCUGUCACCUGCCGGGUCGCAUCCCCAUCACCCUCGCCUCCCACCGGGUCUCGUCCCGUCACCCUCGCCUCCCACCGGGUCUCGUCCCGUCACCCUCACCUCCCACCGGGUCUCGUCCCGUCAACCUCACUUCCCACCGGGCUGCAUCCCCAUCACCCUCGUCUCCCAACGGGUCUCGUCCCUUCACCCUUGCUUCCCGCCGGGUCGCAUCCCCAUCACCCUUGCUUCCCGCCGGGUCGCAUCCCCAUCACCCUCGCCUCCCACCGGGUCUCAUCCCCAUCACCCUCGCCUCCCACCGGGUCUCAUCCCCAUCACCCUCGCCUCCCAACGGGUCUGGUCCCUUCACCCUCGCUUCCCGCCGGGUCGCAUCCCCAUCACCCUCGCCUCCCGCCGGGUCUCAUCCCCAUCACCCUCGCCUCCCACCGGGUCUCAUCCCAUCACCCUCGCUUCCUUCUGGGCUGCAUCCCCAUCACCCUCACCUCCCACCGGGUCUCAUCCCAUCACCCUUUCCUCCUGCAAGGUCACAUUCCAUUCCCCUUGCCCCUGCCUCCCGCUGAGUCGCACCUCUUCUUCUUCGCCUCCCACCGUGUCACCGCUUAAACCUCCUCCCCUCUCCUGGGUUGCGGCCCAUUUCCCUUGCCUCCAGUCAGGUUGUGGCCAGUCCCCCUCACCUCCCACUGGGACAGUGUGCCAUCCCCUCCCUUGGGUAGUUGACAUUAACCAUUGGUGAUCUUUAGUCAGAGCUCAGGAUGGUUUGAAGCUUUGGUGUGUUUUAUUCUGUAAAUCGUCAGUGGCCGAUACAGGAAUUAAGAAUAGGUCAGUAAUAUGUUGCUUCUGGUUCUGCACAUUAACAUUAUUUAUAACGUUCAGUCUGCUAAUAACAUGCGAUAUGCCGCUAUGUACAUUUCCUCCCAGUCAUGUCUCAUAUUCAUCGUGUUUGCCAUUUUAUAUACUAUAUUUAUUCCCACAUACAGUUAUACGCUGUAUAUGCAUAAAUAUACAUAUAUUGUGUAUAUACAUUCAUAUGUAUUCCCGUAAAUUUGAGAGUGAGUAAAAAUUUUACUUUUCUAUGUAUUUAUAAAUAUAAAUAAUUUGUAUGUGACUUCUUUUGUCAGUUAUUUUGGACAUGAGCACAUCAGACCUCAGAAGUAAUGGAUGUUUCAGCCUGGGCUUCACAUUGUGGGAACUGAGUGUCAUUUUGGUUUAGUGAAUAUUUAUUUCAUCCAGAAGAAGGUAGGUAAGGAGGAGGAUGACAGACACUUGUGUGCAGUGCUGUGUGAAACCCAUGUGUACUAAGCAAGCUUCACUGCUGGCGCCCCCUGUCUGAGACACAGUGAAAUUGACUGGCUAAGUCUGGGCCCCCUCAAAAGAUGGUGCCCUGAUCGGUUGCCCGUGUUGCCUAAUGGGUUGAGCGGCACUGCAUGUGUGGAAGGUCAUGCUUGUGCAGUGUACAGCCUAGGAGGCCUUUGCCAGUGCGGCCCUGAACGUGCUCUACAGUGGCAUUGCUCUUGCUCUUUUUACAUGUUUAAUUGUGAGGUAACUGGACUUUGAUGGAAAGGGUCACAUGUCAUUGCAGUGUCGCCAUCGCCCGGUUCCCGUGUUUUCGCUGUAUUCCCUCCGUGGUGUCGGGUUUCCCCGUUACUCCAUGUGACCAGUUAAUAAAGGUUUUAUGUUGUAAAGCUGAA